CAAUAAAAUAUACUGGGUGUCUGACAAGCACUUCCACCUAAAUAAUUGUUAACUCAUAGUAUUUAUUAUGAAAAUAAAAAACUCCGGUCACGCCUGAUUUUAUAUGUUUUUUUUAAUCAAUAAUCAAAAUGUUUAAAUCAGUAAUUAAUAACAUUAUAUAUUAUAUUUGUUCUUUUUCUUAUCAAAAUAGUUCAAAGUUCUUCAAGGUUUGGAUUAAUUUGGAGAGGACAGCAAUGCCGGUAAACCAUGUGUUAAUAAGUAAAACAAGAGCGAGUUACUUUUAUUGACGCCAUGGUGGUUGACAGUGGUGGAGCUAUUGUUUAGCUCCUCCGUCUUUGAAUAAUGCUUGAGCAUCUUUAUUGUGAAAGUCAACUCUUUAUUGUAAAAGUCAACAGGCAGGCAUCACCCACAUAAUCCAAAAACAAUGCAGCACUCCAUUGACAGUGUAGUGAAUUGCCAUCCUGCAUUAUCUGCUCAAACCACAAUCCAGGAGCCCACGUAAUCCAGGCGUUUCAUCCCACAAAUAAAUCGUAAUAUUCAAAAUACGAUUAUUUCCAUAUUUUCAAUGUACUAAUAUAUUAUAAUGUGCUGGAAUCUUAUUUCCGCCUCCGCCGUGCUUAUUUUCCAUUGGGAAAUAUUUUUAAAACCUGAAAACGUCUAUAAUAUGUAAUAUUAAAACAUUGAGUAAAAUCAGUAAACAAUUACUGUUUAAAAUCUAGCACGAUUAUAUUUAACAGCAUUAUUCUGAGGAAAUGAAUCAGCCAUUGCUGGGCGAUUUCUAAAUAAUGGGUAUCCGCAAUCAAUUCCAAGUCCGGUAUUAUUUUCUUCAUUUAUCGUAUUUCUACCGUUAAAUUUAAAAUAUUAUUCCCGUAGAAGUAUUAAAUACUGAUUACUAUUAACAUAAUGCAAUCCUUUUUUUUAUGUAACCAAAAUCAGCCACCUAUUAUCUAAAAAUCACAACGCUCGUUUAUCCUUCCUAAUGCUCAACAAAAGGCUUGGAACAUUAAAUAACAAGCCACCACAUGGGUCAUCUCCUCUCGAGAGUCACACAACCCACACCUUUUGCCAAUGUUAGUAAAUAGCAGGCAGCUGCCUUGUUCACUCCUCCUCCUUCAGUGGAACCAGCCCAACGCAAUCGACAGCAAAUAGUCGAUCGACACCGACAAAAAAUAAGUAUAGUAUUCCACAUAAUUGCAGUUAAUUUAAAGAUGAACAACACGAUUAAUUAGAAAACGCAACUCUUUCGCAAAUAAUAUAAAUUUGAAGUGAGUGUUGAGCUGAUGAUGUCUCAUUUCCUGCUGCUAGUCAAGUCCCAGAUUGAUGGAUUUAGUCUGCAGCUGAAAUUCUUUUGAUCUUUGCAUUUAUUCUGACUAUGGCACAUAUUCAACUGGAGCUGAGCAAGGUUCGGGUAAACUGACAGGCGCUCCACGAACCUGUUUACCGUCAUUCCAACCGACUAUAUCAUAUCAGCCGAACCAUAGGAUCCAAAAAAACAUUGCCAUGAAAUAGAUUACUGUGUGGGGUCGAAUUGAAAUUUGGAUUAGGUUUUAAUUCUAACCUAGGCUUGGAUGGGGUUAAAACCCAGAUGGAAUAGGUCCAGGAAUUGGAUUGGAUUCGGGUUAGGGAAGUAGUUGAGUCAGAAUACAGUUUGGGUAUGUUGGAAUGUAAUUUGGAUUAGGGUCAGGGGUUGACGUGGAUUUGUAUUGAAGUGGAGUCGUGGCUGUUUUGGGUUUGAAUUUAUUUCAGGCGUGAAUUUGAAUUGGAAAUGUAAGUUGAAUGAGGUAAAGGGUUGACACGGGCUUGGACUAGAGUUGAUUGUGAUUUGGGGUGGCGUGCUGUGCGGGGCUUGCUGUGUUGCGGGCGGAGAGCUGACUGCUGAAAGUCAGUGACUCGCAAUCAUUAAUUCAUUCCUCUCCUCCCUUUCCUCUGGCGAGGAACGCAACCCAUGAGAGCGGGUUGAGUCAGCAGUACAUGAGGCCGCUGUAAAUAACCCGGCCCCCGGCAAAAGGCGCACACACUGGGAGAGGUCCGGGGGCCACGGACGGGAAGGAGGAGACGCAACAACAAAAACCCAAACCCCACCGCCCUCAACAUCAGAAAUUAAAUAACAGGAAGGAGAAAAAGAUCAGAUUGUAGAAACUUGCGGUGAGGGUCGCCGGGCCGACUGAGGGCGGAACACGAAGCGGAACGGCGGAGCGGAGCGGAGCGAAGCGGGCAGUGAGGGAGCCUGGAGCUUGGCCAAGCCCGGGAGGAGCAGCUGCGGAAGUGCGGCGGCGGCAGCGGGGCCUGGGAGGCGCAGGGCCGCCAGUGAGAGCGGGCUCUCGGCCGCCCCCGGUUAUUGUUUCCGCCACCGCCUGACACAAAGUCCCGCAACUUCGGGAUCGGCCCGACCAGCGGCUCCCCCUCCCCUCCCCUCCCCUCCCCUGGGCCCCGCGCCGCGCCGCUCCCGCCGCCUCUCCUCACGGCACCAGAUGCCGAUCGCCUCGCCUUCUCACUCGGCUCAGGAGCCCUGCCUCUACCCCCGGCUGCGGACCGGGCCCUCUCCGCCCAAAGACACCGGCGAUCGCAGCCGCGACCAAGGCGCGUCCGCAGAGCAGCCGCGGCCCCCGAGUAACGUGGCGGCGGGCGGCGGGCUGGGUCCCGAGGGCCCGCUGCGGCAGGAGCCGUGGGACCGGGGUGCGGGCAGAUUCCCCCCGCCUGCCCAGCACCCGUUGCUAGACGCUCCCCGGACGCGCUCCAGAUCCAGGUCGGGACUCGGUGGCGGCGGCAUAAACCCGCCGAGGGCAGGCGGCCUCCAGCCACAGGCCGGCUGCCAGGGCCAGGGCCACGGCGAUCGUCCCGCCAUGGGGCAUGGAGGCGCGGCCGGAGCGGCGAGGCCAGCAGGUGGCAUGGAUACUUCCUUUCAAUAUCACCCAAGUCCGCAUGACCUGCCUUUAAUUGAAGAUAGUGAUAAGAGUGAAGAAAGCCCAAGUCCUAAGCGCCAGCGCCUCUCUCAUUCGUUUUUUGAAUACGCACCGGUAUCUCCUGCUCCAUCACCACCAAUGCGCCCAUGGGAGAUGACUUCAAAUAGGCGGCCUCCCUCAGCUCGACCAAAUCAACAUUACUUCUCAGGGGAAAGAUGCAAUACACCUUCACGCAGUAGGAGAAGUCCUCCUGUUAGACGACAGCGAGGGAGACGUGAAAGACUAACUAGAAAUAGUUCUCUGAGCCAAGAUGAAAACUACCACCAUCAUCCUUAUGGACAACAGCCAACUGUGGAAGAACCCAGAGCAUUUCAUCCUCCAAAUAUAUCUGCACGCAUGCUCCACCCUGCUGCACACCCUCCUCAGCAGAAUGCUGUGGUGGUUGAUAUCCAUGAGCAGAUUCAUCAAGGCACCGUUCCUGUCUCGUAUACUGUUACUACUGUAGCACCACAUGGUAUCCCACUUUGCACAGGACAGCACAUCCCAGCGUGUAACACACAAGUUCCAGGGUGUUCGGUCGUAUUUAGUGGACAACAUUAUCCUGUGUGCAGUGUUCCUCCUCCGAUGCUCCAAGCCUGUUCUGUACAACAUCUGCCAGUUUCAUAUGCUGCAUUUCCUCCUCUUAUCUCAAGUGAUCCCUUUAUAUUGCACCCUCCACAUCUGUCACCCCACCAUCAUCCUCAUGUGCCACCUCCGGGUCAGUUUGUUCCUUUCCAAACACAACAGUCACGGUCGCCUUUACAAAGGAUAGAAAAUGAAGUGGAGCUAUUGGGAGAACAUCUUCCUGUCAGUGGUUUCGCUUAUCCUCCGUCGCCACAUCCGCCUACCCUGCCUCCAUCUGCACCGCUCCAGUUCCUGCCACACGACUCUCUUCACCAAGAGCUGCCAUUUGGAGUUCCGUAUCCUCAUUUCAUGCCUCGAAGACUGCCAGGACGCAGAUAUCGCUCACAGCAACCCUUACCACCUCCACCAUAUCAUCCCAGCUUCUUGCCAUAUUUCCUUGAGCCCAUUUACAGCUCUGCCAACCGUCUUGACUUCUCUACUCUCCAUACCCACUACAAUCUCACACCCUCUGAACACACUCAUACCUACCUCAUGACCAUGACCACCAAGCCAUCAUUUCCCGGACUGUCUCUGAUUUCAUCACCUCUGGCAAUCUGUCCUCCACAGCAAUGCAAAGACGCCAGGUAUGCAUGCCUUUUUGUUUGUUAAUUCAAAAGUCCCUGUUCUAGGCCUGCAAUGGCCCUAUCCCCCAACUCUUUCUCCACUGCAUCAGGGCUGCCUCCUGCACCCAUGCUGAACUCUAGGACCAUUAACCACCAAUAAUUUGCACCCUGCUUUAGAUUUACCUGGCCUAUCUUUGACAUCUCUCUCCCCUUCCUUGAUCUCUCUGUCUCCAUCACAAGAGACAGACUAUCAACUGACAUCUACUACAUACCUGCCAAUUUCCACAGUUAUCUUGACUACUUUCCUCCCACCCGGCCUAUUGCCAAAACUGCUCUCAAUUGCACUGUCUCCAUUGAAUCUGCUCCCAAGAUGAGGCUUUCCGUACGAGGAUAUCCAAGAGAGUUAGAUAGAGCUCUUAGGGCUACCGGAAUCAGGGGGUAUGGGAAGAAGGCAGGAACGGGGUACUGAUUUUGGAUGAUCAGCCAUGUCACAUUGAAUGGCGGUGCUGCCUCAAAGGGCGGAAUGGCCUACUCCUGCACCUAUUGUUAUGUAUCUAUAUCCUCAUUCUUUAGUGAACAUUGGUUUUCCCCUGGCUGUCAUCGAUGGCCCUCACCCUCGCCUCUUUUGUGUCAUCAGUUCUUUCUCCCUCUUACCCCCAGACACAAUAAGGACAGCUUUCCUCUGGUCCUCACCUUUCACCACACUUGUCUCUGCAUCCAUCUUUCCGUCACCACCAACGUGAUCCCACCAUUAAUCACAUCCUCCCAGCUCAACCCCUUUCUGUCUUUAGAGACCACUCCCUCCACUAAUCCUUGGUUCAUUCAUCCAUUACCAUCCAAACCACCCCCUCCCCUGGUACUUUCCCCAACAACAGCAGGAGAUGUAACACCUGCCCUUAUACUUCCUUCCUCACCUCCACCCAGGGACCUGGCAAACAUUCCAGGUGCGACAGAGGUUCACAUGGACCUCCUUUAACCUCAUCCAUGCAUACCGUGUUCCGGAAGUGGCCUCCUGUACAUUGGCGACAGCAAGCGUAGACUCAGAAACCGUUUCGCUGAACACUUAGAUUCCAAGGUCUACUGGAUCUUCCGGUCGCUAACCACUUUAACUCCAUUUCCCAUUGCAACACUGCCAUUUCUGUCUUGCGCCUCCUCCAUUGCCAGAGUGAGGCCACACACAAAUUGGAGUAGCAGCUUGGGUAGCUUACAACCUAACGGUAUGAAUAUUGAAUUUUCCAAUUUUAGGUGACUUCUCCAAACAUCCCUCUAAAACUCUGGUAACCUGCUCCACGUGUUCACAACAAUGUAUUCAUCUUGGGCUCACACAUUUCUAUCCAACAAUCGGCCUAUCGGGGAACCUCCUUACAUGAGAUCUGUUGCCAGCCCUUAUUUGUCGUGUUUUUCUCUCGCUUCCAGUUUGUUUUCCCCACUCUCCACUCUUCAAUCAGUCUGAGGAAAGGCCCCAUCCCAAAGCGUCACAUCCAUUUUCUCCAGAGAUGCUGCCUGACCCGCUGAGUUACUCUAGCAUUUUGUGGCUAUCUUUGGUGUAAACCAGCAACUGCAGUUCUUUGUUAUUACAUUUACUGCUCCUGUUAUUGUUCAGAUUUUCCAUCUGUUUUUCGGGAAUAGUAUGUUUUACAAAUCCUUCAUACCAAAAUUUUAUUUGGAAAUUGAUUGCACCAGUAGCUUUAAACUAUUUAGUUCAUUUUUUCCUGCAGUCUUUAAAAUUACCUGGUGAUAUGACUCACUCCUUUGGAUGAAAAUCUGAAAUGCAGACACUCUUUGCUCUUUGAAGUAGAAUUUUGUUUUUAUUUAAUAUAGUAGAACUCUGACAGACCUUUUAUUAUUAAAUAAUGUGGAUUCACUCCAGAUAUUUAACAUGGUGAUUUGGACUGAUUACCAAAUAAUAUCUGGCAUCUGAAGAAGCGACUUGACCCUAAACGUUGCCUAUUUCCUUCGCUCUAUAGAUGCUGCCUCACCCGCUGAGUUUCUCCAGCAUUUUUGUCUACCUUCGAUUUUCCAGCAUCUGCAGUUCUUUCUUAAACAUCUUAACCAAAUAAUGAUUAUGACCUGAAUUCUAAGCAUGUAACCAAUAUGAAGUAAACUGCCUACCUGUUCUUUGAAAUAAGGUCAUGCAAUUGUUUACAUGAUGGAGUGGCAUCAUAAUUUAACAUCUCAUUUGAAAGAUACCACUUUUGACACUAACACACCCUCACUAUCAUUAACCUAUUGACCAUGUUCAGUUUUUUGGAUUAGGAUUUGGCCACAAUCUCUAAUUUAGAAAAGCUCAUAUUUGCAAAUUGUUAUCUUGCCAAAUUGUACCUUAUAAAUUGCAUAAUAUUGUACAUGGCCAUUAAAACUGAAAUGAACAAAUAUCCUUUGCUUUGAAAUUUCAACAUGUUUCAUGAUUACAAGCAAUUAAUUAAUUUUGAAACUAAUUAACUUUGCUUAUUAUAUACAAUAUUGUUUAUCACUAAUUAUCUGCCCAGCAUACUUCUUUUCUCUUUAAAAUGUCUUAUGUAAACAUAUGAAAGCCAUUUUACAGCCAAAUGCAGUAUACCCAGCCCAAUGUUACUUUUUGGUAAAAAAUAUAUGCAAUUCUGUUUGGAAGCCAUAGAGGAUCAUGAGUGGGGAUCCUAACCAUUUUUAUUCAAUAUUCUCUCACUUGUUGUAGGUUUGGGGCAAAUUGUAGCAUUCUACAUGUCAGGGGAUCUAACUCAACACAGUCUGAUAUCAGACUCUUGCAUCUGUAUUCCUUAAUGUGCUGUGCAUGCAGCACAUUAAGAUAGAAGAGAUUUAUUUUGUCGAUGAAGACUCUUGAACUUCUGCAGGUGUACGGUAGAAAGCAUAUUGACUAGUUGCAUUAUGCCCUGGUUCAGCAAUUCAAAUACCCAGGAAUGAAGGAGAUUACAGGAGUGGUUGAUCACGGGUACUGGCCUCCCCAUCAUAGACAGGAUCUAUAGGAAGUUCUAUCUCAAAAAGGCAACCAACAGCAAAGAUGCACACUCUAGCUUACCACCGGGCAGGAAGUAUAGAAUUCUGAAAACAAUCACUACCAUGUUCCAGAAUAGCUUCUACCCAGCAACCAUCUGGUUCUCAAACACUACACAACAUUAAGUACACUAUGAUUUACACACCAUCGUUGGUUGCACUAAGAUCUUUGGGCUCUUGUGCAUGUAUUGCGGUUAUCAGUGUAAUAUUUUUGGUUUAUUACCUUAUCUAUGAGUAUUGAGUUUAUAAGCCUGUUAUACUGCAGCAAGUAAGAAUUUAAUGAUUCUGUUUUCUGUUGUAUGACAGCUAAACACUCUUGACUCCUGAUGCCUUCAUCCUUUGCUCCAAAAGCAUUUACCAAUGUGAGAGUUUAUUUUUCAAACCUGUCAUAUCUGUAAAUAAUGCAGAGGAUCAAGCUGAGCUCUACUGAAUGGUACUGUAGAAAAGCAUCUGAAAUGCAGGUGGCACAAUGUUUAAAUACUAGUGUACCUUGGCAGCUGUGGAUUUUAAAUUUAAUAAUUAAAAAAAUAAACUGUAGUGUUUAGAAAUCCAUCUGUCGAAUGGAAAACUACUAUCCUUGCUAUUCUAUCCAUUGUAACUCCAGAUCAACAGGAAUGUAGU